UGGGUGUUUUUGCAAAAUUCGUGCUGCAAUCGCAUCUUUUUUACCACCUUGUAUUGAGGAUAUUGUAAAUUGCAAGUCAUAACAGUUAUCAAACAUUUGCAAAUAAUAAGUGAAUUUAUAUAUUUCGGCGCAAGCCUUAUCAUGAGAUAAGAGUUAUUAACGUUUUUGAAGUUGCUUCAGGUUUUUCAUUUUUAUUUUAUAUUUUAUACCCUAGUCCAUUAUUGCCAACAAGAAGAUGGAAGGUGCUAAAAAAUUAGCCAACUUAAGACAGUUGAUGAAAACUGUCAAAGUUGAUGAUGUCCAAGGAAUCGAUGCCUACAUUGUAACCAUGAAUGAUGCUCAUCAGUCAGAAUAUAUAAGAGAUAGAGAUAAACGAAUCAAAUUUCUAUCGGGCUUUUCUGGAUCUGCAGGAACUGUUGUGGUUACACAAGAAAAAGCUUUACUUUGGACAGAUGGCAGAUAUUUUGUCCAAGCUGUCAUGGAAUUUGAUCCACCAGAACUAUGGACUCUCAUGAAAGAUGGUACAUCUAAAUCUAUAACAAUAGAAGAAUGGUUGCGCACAAAUUUAUCAACAACUGCAAUAAUAGGAGCCGAUCCUAAUUAUAUGAGCCACAAAACAUGGAGUACUCUAAAUGAUAAUUUAUCCUAUACAGGACAUAGUCUCAAAUCAAUUGAACAUAAUUUAAUAGAUGAAAUAUGGAAGGACAAACCUCUUGAUGGAUAUAAUGAUAUUGUGCCUCAUCCCUUAACUUUUACUGGUAAAACUGCAGGUGAUAAAGUAAAAUAUUGUUUUGAAGAAUUAAACAAAAACAAGGUUGAUGUUUUAGUUAUAUCAGCUUUGGAUGAAGUAGCAUACUUAUUAAAUUUAAGAGGCACAGAUAUAUCUUAUAAUCCUGUAUUUUUCGCUUAUGUAAUUUUACACUCUAAUGAGGUUCAUAUCUUUUUACACGAAGAAAAGUUAACCAAUGCUGCAAGGCAACAGUUGAUAGGUGAAAAAGUCAAUUUUACUCUUCAUGCUUAUGAAAGUAUUGGAGAAUAUUUAAAAAAUGUCAAAAUUUCUGACUCAAGAAAAACCAGAGUGUGGUUGGCAAAUGAUGCAAGUGAAGCCUUAUAUUUCAAAUGUAUUGAUAAAUCAGUACACCAUGCAGUUACUCCACCAUGCUUGAUGAAACUAGUCAAAAAUACAGUAGAAAUAGAAGGUAUGAAACAGGCUCAUAUAAAAGAUGGAGUAGCUUUGAUUAAAUUUUAUUCUUGGCUUGAAAAAGAACUUAACACUGAUGACCAGAAUAAAAGUAUAACAGAAAUCAGUGCAGCUGAAAAACUUGAAGAAUUUAGAAAAGAAGAAAAAGAUUACCAAGGUCCAAGUUUUCCUACUAUUUCUUCUUAUGGAGAACAUGCUGCUAUCAUACACUACAAACCAUCAGAAAAAACAAAUAUUUCUAUAACCACAGAAAAACCUUAUUUAUGUGAUGCUGGUGCACAAUUUUUGGAAGGAACAACCGAUGUUACAAGAACCUUACACUUUGGACAACCAUCAGAUUAUGAGAAGGAAUGCUUUACUAGAGUUUUUAAAGGACAAAGUGGUUUAUCAAUGACUAAAUUUCCCACAGGCAUAAAAGGCAAUUGUUUGGAUUCUUUUGCACGUAAACAUUUGUGGGAUGUGGGUCUUAAUUAUUUGCAUGGAACUGGUCAUGGUGUAGGAUCAUUUUUAAAUGUUCACGAAUUUCCUGUUAUGAUAUCUUGGAGACCUUAUCCUGAAGACCCAGGAGUAAAACCAGGAAUGUUUUUAUCAAAUGAACCAGGAUAUUAUGAAGAUGGAAAUUUUGGCAUACGUUUAGAAAAUGUUGAAAUGAUUGUAAAUGUUGAUACCAAGUACAAGUCAAAUGUGGAGUUUUUAACUUUUGAAACUGUUACAAUGGUGCCAAUUCAAAGGAAAAUGCUUAAUAUGUCGAUGUUGACAGAUAAUGAAAUUCAGUAUUUGGAUGAUUAUCACAAAAAAUGUUACGAUACUUUAAGUCCUUAUUUGCAGAAAGCAGAACAUUCAACUGCAUUAAAUUGGUUGAAAAAAGAAACAAGCCCAAUUAGAAAGUGAUAUGUAAAAUUAUAUAUCGAUUAACAUUUAAAAAAAUUUGUUAGAAAAGAAAAAUUUUUUAAAAUCUUUCUUACUGUUCCAUGAAAAUGUAAGUUUCAUAAGCUGAUAAGUGAUGAAAAAAAAAAUUUGAUUUAGCAGAUGAAUUGAUUGAACUGAAAAUGAAUUUCAUACAAAUAUUUUCUAAUUUUAAUAAAAAAAAUUUUAAUAAAAAAAAAUUAUAUUUUGA